AUGGAGGAUCAAGUGAACGGGAAAACUUCAGAAAAGUAUUUAAAUACCACCAAUAUCAUUACAGAAGACUGCCAAAGGGUGGACUCCUAUGGAUUUGAGCGAUCAGAAAAUGUUGCCCAUGACGCACAUGAUGCAUUGAUGUCAGAGUAUUUAGUCGUGCUUAAGAGAAGAUCCACGAAAUGGUCAAAACUCCUUGACGGAAAAGCCAAGGUGGAGAAGAACCAGAAAGUGAAGCGGUAUGUUAGGAAAGGUGUGCCCAAUGAACAUCGUACUGUUAUCUGGAUGGCAGCCAGUGGAGCUCAGCAGCAGCUGGAGGAGAACCCUGGAUACUAUCACUCUUUACUCCAGACACAGAGUGACACCAAUCUGAAGGAGAUUAUACAGGCAGACUUGCACAGAACCUUCCCAGACAACAUUCAGUUCCGCAGCUCCUCUGAUCAGUGCUUGCAGAAGGCUCUUUACAACGUGUUGCUGGCUUAUGGGAAUCAUAACAAAGACGUUGGUUACUGCCAGGGAAUGAACUUCAUAGCAGGAUACCUGCUUAUCAUAACAAAAGAUGAGGAAAAAUCCUUUUGGUUGCUGGACACUUUACUUAGAAGGAUUUUACCUGAUUAUUAUACUCCAGCCAUGCUGGGGCUGAAGGCAGAUCAGGAGGUUCUGGGGGAACUGGUCAAGGCGAAGGUGCCCGCUGUGUGGCAGGCCAUGGCACGACAUGAUGUGAUGUGGACUCUGGUGGUCUCCCGUUGGUUCAUUUGCCUCUAUAUUGACAUCCUACCUGUGGAGACAGUGCUGCGGAUCUGGGACUGUUUGUUCUAUGAAGGUUCUAAGAUCCUGUUUCGUGUGGCUCUGACACUGAUCCGUCACCUACAGCCGCAAAUACUGCAGGCACAGAGCCUCCCUGAAAUAUGCCAAUGCUUCAAACAAAUUACCCAGGGAAGGUUUGUGGAAGACUGCCAUACCUUUAUGGAGAAAAUCUUUAUGGAACCAGGGAGUCUUUCUAUGGCAGUCAUCACCAAACUGAGAGAGACAUGUCGAGAGCGCAUACUGGCGGAGUCAGGAAGUCACUCCUGA